CAAUCUUUACAUUCCCUUCCCCUCGCUUUACGCUUUCAUUGUGAGUGAGUGAAUUGCCCACCCGCUGUAUGUUGUCAAAUAGCAACCAGCUCCAAACCGGCCCAGGAGGAGGUUGGGGUUCUGUCGGACUCCGUGAUCUACAGCGGCCGUGUUUUGGGAAUGUCCGGGUGCGGCCUUGUCGACACGAAUACUUGCCAGUGCUGCGUACUGAAGCGUCGCCGGGAACCGGUACAUCGGGACGGCGAGGGAGGCUGUAGGAAGCCCCUGAACUCUGGUGGUCUCGUCCGGGAACCUUAUGUAAAGGGGGUUUCUUUUUUUUCUCUGUUGGGAAAGGGUUUCCUUUUGUUAACUAGCAGGAAUGCUAAUUUACUGAUAACGAGAAUGUAUUCCUUUGUAAACCAAAUGGGGAUUAAUAAUCCCCGGGGUAAUGGCCAGGUAGAGCGGGAGAAUGCCACAGUGUGGAAGGCCACACUUUUAGCCCUUAAGUCCAAAGGGUUGCCGGUCUCUCGAUGGCAGGAGGUCCUCCCUGAGGCACUGCACUCUAUCCGCUCUCUGUUAUGUACGUCCACCAAUGCCACCCCUCACGAACGCCUAUUCUCUUUUCCCAGGAAGUCUGUCACUGGGACCACCCUACCAGUUUGGCUGACGUCCCCGGGGCCAGUGCUGCUCCGGAAACAUGUGAGGAGCAAUAAAUACUCCCCGCUGGUGGAGAGGGUUCACCUUCUCCAUGCGAACCCCCAGUAUGCUUACGUGGUCUUACCUGAUGGGCGGGAGGACACGGUCUCCAUCCGCGACCUGGCACCCGCAGGUGCAGCAGACCACUACCCUGAAGGCUCUCCGGUAACUGUGAACCCUGCACCAGAGGUGACACCGUACUCACCAGGCCCUACACAGACUCCUCACGACACUUGUAUACCGGGCGUUUCGUACGCAUUUAUACCAGGCGCCUCGCACAUGCAUGAGGGAUCACCGGCGCCUAGUGGGCAAGAACACGCGCAACCCCCGUCCCCUGUGCAAUCGCCAAUGUUGCCGGCACCUAUGCGGUCACAGCCGGUGCUACGUAGAUCGCAGCGACAGAUUCGACCGCCUGAUCGGCUUGACUUGUAAGAACCUUCGCUACAUGAGGACUUUUUCAAACGAAGGGGGGGUGAAUGUGGUGAACUAUGUGCCUGUCGGGACACGCCCCUGCUGACUGCUCCUGUGGCUCCUCCCACAGGCCCCUGUAUAAAGGAGACCUGCGGCCUGAAGAUCGGCCUCAGUCUCCAGGACCUUGUAUGAUAGACACUCACUCCUGGUUCCUUCUUCCAGUCAAUAAAAGCCGAUAUCUCGCCUACGUCUCAGUGUGAGUUAUUGAUGGUGCAUCAAUUUUAUUGACUGGAAGUUUUAAAACAUGGAACCCGUUUUGCGUCCGGACCGGUUGGAUUUGGACCCUCAAGACCCUGACGCAGCUCUCGCUUUUGAACACUGGCUUGCAUGCUUCCAAUCGUACUUGGCGGAGCUUCGUGCGACUGAACCCGCCGUUAUGCACAGAAUCCUACUCUCGAGGGUCUCCUCCAAAGUUUACUCCUUUAUCCGGGACCUGCCGACCUACGAAGGGGCACUGGACGCCCUCAAACGACAGUACCUGCGGCCGGUGAACACCGUCUACGCAAGACAUCGCUUAGCUACCCGGCAACAGCGGCCUGGCGAAUCGUGCGCUGAGUUUCUCCGAGCACUACAGACACUCGUCCGAGCUUGUGACUGCAAGACGCUCACGGCAGAACAGCAUGCGGAGCUGCUGGUGCGAGACGCCUUUGUGACGGGACUGAGGUCAGUGUACAUGCGCCAGCGGCUGCUGGAGAACUCGGAUCUUACCUUAAGCUCGGCGAUAGAGAAGGCCAACGCUCUAGAAGCUGCGCGGCAUAACGCCGACGCUGUCCAGUCGCGCGAUUCCCCGCCGGUUUCGUGGACGCCUCAGACCCCGCCACCGCCGGCUCCCGGGAGCGAAUUCGCCAACGCCGCCGCCAGUCGCCAUUCCACGAGCUCCCCGACCCAGACCACGGCUGUGGCCCGUAAGAAACUCGUGCUUUGUUAUUUCUGUGGCCAAAAGAAACAUCCUCGACAACGCUGUCCAGCGCGAGAAGCGACCUGCUCCAGCUGCGGAAAGCGGGGCCAUUUCGCCAAGGUCUGUAAGUCUCAACCUCGAGCGGAGUGCAGCGCUGCGGGUGAAACGUGGGGGCCGCCAUCUUGCAUGCCGGGAUGUGGGCGGCCAUCUUUGUCGACGUCAGCACGCCCCGCCCCCGAUCCUCCGAUGCUGACCGGGUACCCCGGAUGUGAGCGGCCAUCUUUGUCGGCGUCAGCAUGCCCCGCCCCCGACCCUCCGAUGCUGACCGGGUACCCCGACGGCGAUCCAACUCUGGCCACUGUGACUCUCGACCAAAGCGCCCCACACCAGCUUGCAAGAUCCAUGAUGGACAUCCAGGUGGAGGGGCAUUGGACUGGAUGCCUGUUUGACACGGGCAGCACUGGGAGUUUUAUUCACCUGGACACAGUGCAACGCUGCGGACUUGCAACGCGGCCGGUCAGUCGGAGGUUCCAUUUGGCCUCUGGGUCGCAGUCCGCAGACAUCCGGGCGGGUUGUGUAGCGACUUUGGUGGUGCAAGGCACAGUAUAUCGGGACUUUGAACUGCUGGUCAUGCCUAAUCUGUGUGCACCUGUGCUAUUGGGGCUGGACUUCCAGAGCCAUCUCGAAAGUGUGACUAUGGUAUACGACGGGCCCCUCCCACCACUCACUGUCAAGAAUCCUCAGUUUUGUGGGACUUCUUCACAUACCCCGCUACUGACCACACACACACACGGACACACACAUCCCAUCCAGAACCAGGCCAACAGCUGCGCUACCGACACUUGCAGCCUCUCCACUCUCAAGAUCCCUCCCCCACCGCUGUUCGCCAACCUGACCCCCGACUGUAAACCUGUGGCAACCAAAAGCAGGAGGUACAGUGCGGGGGACCGGGCCUUCAUUCAGUCGGAGGUGCAGCGGCUGCUCAGGGAGGGGAUCAUUGAGCCGAGCACAAGCCCUUGGAGGGCCCAGGUGGUUGUUGUUCGGACUGGGCAGAAAAAUAGGAUGGUGGUGGACUAUAGUCAAACCAUCAAUAGGUUUACGCAGCUUGACGCAUACCCCCUACCCCGCAUCGCGGAUAUGGUCAACCAGAUUGCUCAGUAUAAGGUGUACUCGACAAUAGAUCUGAAAUCCGCUUAUCACCAGCUCCCCAUCUGCCCAGAGGACCGCCCCUACACCGCCUUCGAGGCGGGCGGCCGGCUCUAUCACUUCCUGCGCGUCCCUUUCGGUGUCACGAAUGGUGUCUCUGUCUUCCAGAGGGAAAUGGACCGGAUGGUGGACCAGUACCAACUGCAGGCCACAUUUCCCUAUCUGGAUAACAUCACCAUCUGUGGUCAUGACAGGCCAGAUCACGACGCCAACCUCCAACGGUUUCUCCAAGAGGAGAUGGCAUUCUAG